CAGCCAUACCAAGCACCGGUGCCAGGCCAGCAGUACCCAGGAUUCCCUGCAGGCGGACAGCAGUACCCAGGAUUCCCUGCAGGCGGACAGCAGUACCCAGGGGGAAUGCCUCCUGCAGGCGGACAGCAGUACCCAGGGGCAAUGCCUCCUGCAGGCGGACAGCAGUACCCAGGGGGAAUGCCUCCGGCAGGCCAACAGUAUCCAGGGGCAUUCCCAGGAUAUCCAGGUUUUCCAGCACCAGGACAGCAAUACCCAGGUGCUCCUGCACCAGGGCUGCCUACUGACCCAAAAGUAGCAGGUCAAUCAGGUCCCUCUCCAUCAGCUCCUUUUCCAUCAGCUCCUGGUGCCGUACUGAAAAUACCACAUUCACUACCCCUGCAAUCUGGAAUUAUGGCUGGCCUGGUGGUGACUCUUCAAGGUGUGGUGAACCCUAAUGCCAAAAGGUGGAAUAUUGAUUUUAAAAACAGAGAUGAUAUUGUUUUCCAUUUCAAUCCACGAUUUGAUGAGAAUCCAAAUGUAAUGGUGCGCAAUUCGAUGCUCAAUGGUCGGUGGGGAACUGAAGAGCGGGGAGCGUCCAAGUUUCCGUUUAAGCAAGGACAACCAUUUAUGCUGCAAAUCUUUAUUGAGCAAGAACAGUAUCGUCUGGCUGUCAACAAUGAAAGCCUCUGCCAGUUUAAGCACCGAAACCGAGAUUUGCAACACAUUAAUGUCGUAAACAUUAGUGGCGACAUCACCUUGAAUGGGGCUACUGUAGGCAUGAUGUAAUCUCUUCAUAAAAUGCUGUAUGAUCGUGUUAAAGCAUGGCAUGGCUUGGCUG